ACUCAGAAAAAGAAAGAGAUACGAUGAUGACUCGAAGCCAUUGUUAUUGCUUUAUUACCAUCUUUGUCUCCCUCCUACUCCACACUCUUGCUUCUCCUACCCUCAACUUUUGCCGCCAGGACCAGAGGGAUGCUCUUUUGGAAUUCAUGCACGAGUUUCCUACUGCUAAGUCUUUUCCAAGUUCGUGGAACAAAAGAAGCGAUUGUUGUUUUUGGGAAGGAGUCAAGUGCGAUGAUAAAUCUGGCCAGGUUAUAUCACUAGACCUUUCUGAUAAAUCUCUUAACGGGUCUAUGAAAACAAACAGUAGCCUUUUCAAACUCCACUAUCUUCGUGAUUUAUUCCUUACUAAUUGCCAUCUCCAAGGAGAGAUUCCUUCUUCACUAGGAAACCUAAACCAGCUAAGACUCCUUAACCUUGAUUGGAACCAUGGUCUCACAGGAAAAAUUCCAAGUUCAAUCGGAAAUUUAAACAAUCUAAGAUACCUUAGAUUUGAAAACAAUGGUCUCGUAGGAGAAAUUCCAAGUUCAAUCGGAAAUCUAAGCCAGCUAAGACACCUUAGCCUUGGGUGUAACUCUCUCAUAGGAAAAAUCCCAGCUUCAAUUGGCAAUUUAGACCAGCUAAGAGACCUAAACCUUGGUUUAAAUGAUCUCAGAGGAGAGAUUCCUUCUGCACUAGGAAACCUUUCUCGUCUAUCUAAUCUUGAACUUAGGAAUAAUCAACUGGAAGGUGAAAUUCCAACUUCAGUCGGAAACCUCAGUGAACUAAGAGACAUUUGGCUGAGCUAUAACAUGUUAUGUGGUAAUAUUCCUAUUUCAGUCACCAAUUUAACGAAGCUUUCCUAUUUUAACAUCCACUCUAAUAACUUCACUUCCACGCUUCCAUCUAACAUGAGUGGAUUACACAAUUUGAAGGUGUUUGAUAUUGGUGAAAACUCAUUUUUCGGACCUUUUCCUGAUUCUUUGUUCAAAAUUCCCUCGUUGCUAUGGGUUGAUUUGGGAAAAAAUCAUUUCACGGGACCUAUACAGUUUGUGAAGAAUACGUCUUCAUUAUCAUCUGAGCUUUUUCACCUAGACCUUUCUCAUAACGCAUUCAGUGGCCUUAUCCCGGAAUCCAUAUCUGAUUUUUUCAGCUUUGAACAGUUGGUUCUUAGCCACAAUAAUUUCAGUGGGCCAAUCCCUUGUUCUAUAUCAAAGUUAGUCAAUCUCGAUUGGCUUGAUCUUUCCAACAACAACUUGGAAGGUGAAGUACCAAGUUGCUUAUGGAGAUUGAGGACGCUGAUGCAUAUGGAUCUAAGCUCGAAUCAUUUCCGAGGAUCAUUUCCCCAUUGGAUCUGCAAGCUAAAAGAGUUAAGCUUAUUAGAUUUGUCCAACAAUCUCUUCAACGGCUCCAUUCCUCCAUGUUUAAGGAACUCCAUUGGUUAUCUUACAGACAUGAUUCUGCGUAACAACAGUUUCAGUGGAACUCUUCCAGAUAUAUUUUCCAAAGCUACAAAGUUACAAAUGAUCGACGUUGGUCGUAACCAUCUGGAGGGAAGUCUUCCAAAAUCCUUGAUUCAUUGCAAGGCUCUGAAGCUUCUGAAUGUGGAAUAUAACAGAAUCAAGGACAAGUUUCCAUAUUGGUUGGGAUCUCUACCAUCACUAAAUGUUCUCAGCCUCAGAUCAAACGAGUUCUAUGGGACGAUGUAUAAGCGGAAUGUCUUCAUUGGGUUUCAUAGUUUAUGCGUCAUCGAUCUUUCACAUAAUGACUUAAGUGGAACUCUUCCACCUUCCUAUUUUUCCAACUGGCUUGGAAUUACCAAAAUAUACAACUUCUCAGAAAUGCCCAAGAGUAAACAACUGAUGUUUGGCAGCAGGUAUGAUUUUAGAUCGAUGGGAAUGGUGAAUAAAGGAGUAGAACUGAGGUACGAGAAAAUCCGAAAAGACUUCGGAGCCAUCAAUUUGGCUGGAAACAGAAUCUGUGGAAAAAUACCUGAAUCUAUUGGCUUCUUGAAAGAACUGCGUCUUCUCAACUUAUCAGGCAACACAUUCACAGAGGAUAUCCCACUAGCCUUGGCAAAUCUGACCAAUCUUGAGACGUUGGACCUCUCCAGUAAUAAGCUUUCAGGUCAAAUCCCACAAGAUCUUGGCAAGCUCUCAUUUCUGUCAUACAUGAACUUCUCUCAUAACCUUCUCCGAGGUCCAGUUCCACGUGGCACACAGUUUCAAAGCCAGAACUGUUCUUCGUUCUCCGACAACCCUGGACUCUACGGUCUCGAAGAUAUCUGUCACGAAGCCCAUGUCCCAUAUCCCCCCGAGGAAUCACCAGAGGCAGAGGAACAUAUGUUUAGCUGGGUGGUAGCUGCAAUAGCAUAUGGACCUGGUGUAUUAUGUGGCCUGGUGAUUGGACAUAUCUUUGCUUCACACAAUCAAGAGUGGUUCACAGAAAGGUUUGGUCGAAGAAAACUCAGAGUCACCACAAGUGCUCGUUAAGCCCAUCUCUUGCAGCCUCUCUAAUAAAAGCAUUUCUAAGGCAUUAUGUUGUCCAUUGUCCGAAGUCUUGUUCGUGUUUGUACUCAGUUUCCUAUGUGUCUUCUCCAAAAUACUCGUUUAUGUUUCGUUUGUAAUUUUCUAUUAAUGGUUUUGUAAUGAAAGUCUUGUAAAAGAAGUAUUUGAAUUAUUGAUAUAGUUUUCUACUCCACAAGAGUGUGAUGUAAGAUACAGAACCUCUGAUUCAAAUACGAAUUUUCAAUCAUAACAAUAGAAAUACUGAUAUACAUUCACUUUUAGGGUCACUGUGUCACAAGUCCCAUAUAUAAAUGGGAACGGUCGCUCGGUGGAACCAUCAACUUACCAAACAUCUAAAAGAGAACUAUCAACUUUAUAUCUGUUAAAGGAUCCAGAAAGAAUCGUAUACGUGAAAAUAGCAUAGUAGCAGCCGUGAUAAAAUAAAAUAAUAUGAUAACCGAAUCAAUGGUGAAGAGCACGGAAAAAGCAGAACAAGUUAAAUUUACAGAAUCUGAAAUCAACCGAAACAACCUUAAAACCUCAAGCUGUAGUAAAGUUUAUAUGAUCGAAGAUGCUACUCAAAACUAGAUGUUUACAACGACCCUCUCCAUUUUCUGAAAAGGUUUCUAUAUAUGUAUCACAAUUUCACAAGGUACACCUCACACUCUUCAUGUGUAUAAGCUUCUCUUUACUACACGACCAAACACCAACCUUGAGAGCCUUUGUUCAUAAUAGGUCCAACUGAGAUGGCUGUGAAGUCUCAAAUAUGAAACCAAAUGUAGUCAUUUUAUCAUUUAGUUUAAUAUAGAACUUACUGUCACUUGUGUUUCACUGUGUGGUACAACCGGUUUUCGCUUCUCUUCACAUUUUAUCAACACUUUUGCUUCUCCCACACGUCAAUCAUACUAUCCUUGCCCAUAACGAUUUCGAUUUGCUAGAAUAUAAAUGGAGGGAUUCCGACGUUCGAAGAACAGCUUUAACUUUAGAUAUAUGAAGGAUCCAACAACUAGCCCAAAGUAUGUUAUGGGAAUGCCUUUUCCGUUACGUCACAUAUAUUAAUCUAAAUUCUUUAAAUGUAAAUAACAUGUUCAUGAUUAAUUAUGAAUAACACGCUGCAAUACUAGCAUUGAAUUUAAAUCACUACAACACAUAUAUA